AUGGCCAGCCCCGCAGAGGACCAGGUAGCUUCGCCGGCAGAAAACGAGAGUCCCGCAUGGCCUGAGCCUCCCUGGAGUGGAUGGAUCGAGACGACGGGCGACGCUCUCCUCAUUCUCGAAGCUGCUCGUCGCGGACUCAUUCCUCGUGUUACCCGCAGGCUCGUCGACUCGGAACGCAAGAUGAUCACGUCCGGUUCUGUAUUCGUCUUUGACGAGGACGAAUCAGGCAUCAAGCGCUGGACAGACGGCUUCAUCUGGUCGCCCUCGCGCAUCUUAGGCAACUUUCUCCUGUACAGAGAAACAGAAAAACGCGGAAACAACCGUUCAAAGGCUGAGCAGGACGCUGGCGACUCCGAGGGCGUCCCGAAACAGGCAAAGGUCAAUACGGCACAAGCGCUCACACAAGGACUAGACAAGCAUAGGGAAAGACUGUUGUUAGGUAGCCUGACCAACAGUCACAAGUUCAAGGUGGAUGGCAUGAUUAAAAAGACCUUUUCCCUGACAAUCGGUGGUGUCUCUCAGCAUCUCAUCUCGUAUUAUCGAGUUGCAGAUGUCGAAAAUGGCCGUCUACGAUCCCCUUCUUCCCUUCCAGAGCUAGCGACCCUCGAGAUUAGUCCCGAAUACCUCGACAAGACGCACUUCAGGCAGCCUCCCCGCGUGGAAGUAGGUCCAGACGGAAUACCUCGCUACAGAGGGGAAGCAGACGACCCAGAGCUUUCGGGUGUCUUACGAGGAACAGAAAAGACCGGACGCCGAUUUGACCCCUACUCGUCCACCUCCGCACCCAAAAAGCCCAAAAAGCCUCGCUCACAGCGGGCGGCUUCUCAAUCCGAAUCUGACGUGUCUCAAUACCCAGCGGAUGCGUAUGGCUACCCGUCUUAUCCUGGUUAUCCAUAUGGUGGACAUGCAUACCCAUACAUGCAGUAUCCUGUAGGAUCCGGCUCUGAGGACGCUGCUCAGGAUGGAUCAAACUACGGGGCAUAUAUGGGUGGCUAUUACUGGCCAGGGUAUGGGAGCUCUGGACACGCCGCGGUAGAAAACGGUGAAGAAGAGGAUACAGAGAAGCAAACCGACGGAGAGCAGAAUAACACAUCUGACGUGACCUAA